UCGCGUCUCUUCUGCAGCCUCAGCACCGGGACUCGGCGACCGAUCGAUCACUGUAUCGGAAAUACAUCCAUCGCCGCAUGGUGACGUCACGCCGCUGAUCGGCGGCAGCGGGCUGGUGGGCUGCUUGGUGGCCGGGGCUCGCGCUGGAUCCGCUGGAUCACCGGAUGUAAGAAAACGGCGAGCACAUACUGCAGGAGCAGCCUCUUUCUGUCGCGUCGCUGCGUGGACAUGUAGCCGCUGUCACAGCCGCCUGCAGGAGGAUGGAUGCCUAACCGAGCGGAUCCAGCCAGCUGUGGCCUGCGUGGAACAGCGUGCAACAUCUGGCCGGGUCAGAGAACCAGUCAGCUCAGGACUGUUGAGGAGAUAAUAUGGAGGAGGGGGACGCUGAGGGGGAGGUGCCCAUGGCGGUCAGAGAAGGGCCAAGCGGUCAUGGACUUGCUCCCAAUAUCAUCAGCAGCAGUUCGGCCGCGACCAACAAUUUACUGGCUUCUGUCAAAGAACAGGAGCUCCAGUUUGAGAGGCUGACUCGAGAGUUAGAAGAAGAGCGGCAGAUCGUGGCCAGCCAGCUGGAGCGAUGCAUGCUGGGAGCCGAGUCGCCAGCAGGAGAAAGUAGCAGCUCUUCUGAGAAGUCGUUCGCAUGGAGAUCAGCAGGCGACUCACAGGGUGGCACCCUGGAGUCCAGCGGAUGUCCGACCCGCCAGCUUGAGGCCGAGGACGAACUCUUCAUGCGAGAACCGGACCGGGCCUCCCUGCAUGACAGUGAGGGUCUGUUACAGCAGUGCUCUGGGGGUCACUCCGCUCACAUGACUUCCUACUCAGACAGUGGCUACCAAGACAGCAGUGUCAGUUACUACAGCAACCAGAACGUGGUGCGCUCGGAGCCUCGCGCCUCCAUUUCCAGAAGCCCGAGAGCCGAAGGACAAACAUCUGGGCAGGCUGCUGGAAGAGUGCUGCGGCGAAUGUCCUCCCUGCCCUCCAGGAGCCAGUCUCCGGGCGGCACCGCUGGCACCGUCUCACCCUCCCGCAUCUCCCUGCGAACUUCCCAGGGCAGCACCUAUGACUCGCCCAUCCUCUCAGAGCCCAAACCUUUAGCCACCAUCUUUCCUGGCACCACCAUGCCACCCUCCUGCCCAUCACACUCUUCUCCCACGGACGGCACCCCAGCUCUGGGUGGAGCUGGCGGCCGGCUGGGCUCCACUCUCUCUCUGAUCGAGGGGAGGGGUUUCACCGGAUUACCGCUGCGCUCCGGGAUGACGGCUGUGCCGCAGCACUACGGCUCAACCCUUCCACGGCAGAGCCAGUCGCUAGCUUACGGAGCUGACCCCUACGGCCUCUACCAGCGCAGCGCCCUGCCCCGGCCUGAUAGUCUCAUAGGACUCAACAGCUCAUACGCCAGCCAAGCGGGCCAGAUCGACCCGGAGCUGAGGGCCGCGUUGUCUCCCGACUGCCACAUGACGCCAGUGUUCGACGAGCGCUCCUUCCACAGCCCCCUGUACCACAGCCCAACCCACGAGCCGCAGGGAUCCCUCUACCAGACAGGUAUGGGGACUUUGCCCCGGGCUGCUAGCCACAGCGGUACACUGCCCUUCCAAAGAAGCAGCUACGGCCUGAGCACUGCCGGUCUGUACGCGGAGUCGUUCCGAGUCUCUGGUGAGCCAGGUGUGUAUUCUCAUCGACACUCCGGGCUGGUGGAGCGAAUGGGCACGCGCACGCCGUCCAUCGAGAGCAUCCACAAAGACCCCAGGGAGUUUGCAUGGCGCGACCCGGAACUACCAGAAGUCAUCCACAUGUUGCAGCAUCACUUCCCCUCCGUCCAGGCCAACGCCGCUGCAUAUCUGCAGCACCUGUGCUACGGCGACAACCGGGUCAAGGUGGAGGUGAGUCACCUGGGAGGGAUCCAGCACCUGGUGGACCUGCUGGACAACAAGGUGGCCGACGUGCAGAAGAGCGCCUGCGGGGCGCUCAGGAACCUGGUGUACGGAAAAGCUACUGACAGCAACAAAGUGGCGCUGAGGAACUGCGGUGGCGUCCCGGCGCUGCUGCGACUCUUGAGGAAGACGACCGACAACGAAGUUCGGGAGCUGGUGACGGGGGUCUUGUGGAACCUUUCGUCCUGCGACGCGGUGAAAAUGACCAUCAUCCGUGACGCUCUGACCACGCUGACCAACACGGUGGUCAUCCCGCACUCAGGCUGGAGCACCUCCUCACACCGGGACGAGCACAAGGUCAAGUUCCAGUCCUCGCUGCUGCUGCGCAAUACCACCGGCUGCCUGAGGAACCUGAGCUCGGCAGGGGAGGAGGCGAGGAGCCAGCUGCGGAGCUGCGAAGGUCUGGUGGACUCGCUGCUUCACGUCCUUAAAGCCUGCGUCAACACCUCUGACUUCGACAGCAAGAUUGUGGAGAACAGCGUGUGCACCCUGAGGAACCUCUCAUACCGUCUGGAGGUGGAGAUGCCCUCCUCUCGUCUCCUUGGCAACCAGGAGCUGGACACCCUGCUUGGCUUCUCCUCGCCGGCCAAAGAACUGGACUACCUGUGCUGGGGCAAGCGGAGGCGGGGCCGGAAGAGGGGCGGCUGGCCCGACGACAAGUGGGAUGGCAUGGGGCCCAUUCCGGGCUUCUCCCACCCGCCCAGGGGGGCGGAGCUUCUGUGGCACCCCAUGGUGGUGAAGCCAUACCUCAACCUGCUGGCCGAGAGCUCCAACCCGGCCACGCUGGAGGGAGCCGCUGGGUCGCUGCAGAACCUUUCAGCCGGGAACUGGAAGUUCUCUGCCUACAUCCGGGCAGCUGUGCGUAAGGAGAAAGGCCUGCCCAUCCUGGUGGAGCUGCUGAGGAUGGACAACGACCGCGUGGUGUGCUCUGUGGCCACUGCCCUCCGAAACAUGGCUCUGGACAGCCGCAACAAAGAGCUCAUCGGGAAGUACGCCAUGCGGGACCUCAUCAACCGACUGCCCGGCGGGAGUCCCAGCCUGCUGUCCGACGACACGGUGGCGUCCGUCUGCUGCACGCUGCACGAAGUCACCAGCCGCAACAUGGAGAACGCCAAAGCCCUGGCUGACAGUGGUGGCAUUGAGAAGCUAGUGGACAUCAGCAAAGGACGGGGGAAGGGAUACUCCAUGAAGGUGGUGAAGGCAGCAGCCCAGGUGUUGAACACACUCUGGCAGUACCGGGAGCUGCGUGGACUCUACAAGCAGGACGGAUGGAACUACACCCACUUUGUCACCCCCGUCUCCACCCUGGAGCGGGACCGCUACCGUUCCCACCCCACGCUGCCCACCAGCCCUCUGCAGCGGUCGCCCGUCAUCCAGUCAGGUGGGAGUGCCACAUCCUCGCCCGCCAUGCUCGGGAUACGGAGACACAGUUCCAACCACCAGAGGGCGCAGUCAUCUAUGCAACUUGACACGUAUUAUGAAGACAAUAGUUUACACAACCGGCAUUACACAGGGUCUGAGACGAAAACCCCAUACUUCAUCGACACAUAUUCUUCACAAUCUGGAGAAGACUUGAGGAGGAGCCAGAAUCCAGAGCCAUUUUACGAUGAACCGGACCGGAAGAACUACAACAGCUACCGAAUGUACCUGUCGUCCCCACAAGGCUUCGGGGAGGAGCAGUUCGACGACGACCCGGUCCACCUGACUCCCUCGUCCCCCGACGGCUACGCCAGCCACUCGCUGCGGUUCAAAGCCAACACCAACUAUGUGGACUUCUACUCCACCACUCGGAGGCCUUCGAACCGGGCCAGCAAGUUCACAGGAUCCCCCGACUCCUGGGUGUGACCCCACUGGCAGACGCGCGCACCUGCGCAGGUUCAAGGACGGAUGCAUGAGAACUGUGUUGCUAAAGAGCAGGGCUUCAUUUCUGUGAUGUGACCACGACUAAAACCCAAACAAAUUCGCACAAAACAACUUUGAAACACGGUUGUAAAAAUCAACUUAAACAUGCAAUAACGUCAUGUGAAUCUGAUGAGAAGAAGAAUUCAAAACAUAAUAUUUAUUUAAGACGGUACUCCGUAAAAUAACAGAUGUUAACUUUAAAAUGUUGGACCACUAGAGCUUGCAGAGUCAAGAGGAAAAGCGAGCCCUGACUCGAGUGUCUGUUGAUUUUGUUUUCCUCUGCAGUAACAGUGUGUUGGCUGUAUCACGUAAAUAUCGGCAUCAUCUAAAUCACUCGGGGCAGAUUGUGGGAAUGAACUUGAAAGAGGUGGGUUGUAAAAGCGCCUGCUGUAAGACUGUAAUGUAAUGCAGGGGUCCCCUGAAACACUGUAUGGAGUUGGGAGGUGCUGUCGGCCAAAUGUGCAGUAUGUCAUGACAUAAGUGGUAAAACUCCCAUUUGUACAGUUUGACUGUCGUACAUUGUUGUAUUGGAUAUGUAGAACUUUCUAUGUGAUCGUGUGAGGACAAUUUUUUUAUUAUUUUUAUUGAUUGAUGUGACCUGACCACGUCUGUCUGUUCUGUCCAAACUGAUGACGAUCGUGCGCAAUGUUGACCGAGGGAAGUACAUGUAUAGAGAUUAAAAAUUAUAUCACAAGGACACGUCUGAGCUUUUUUU